AUGUACGCCUCACACAAGAAGGAUAUCAACCGCCACAAGAGCUUCCACCCGCUGACGUACCGCAACCUGCGCAAGGUGGAGCAGCGGCAGGAGGACGAGGAGGCACAGAAGAAGGCGGACGCCGAGCGCGACGUGCAGCUGCGCCACGAUCAGGAACAGCGGCGCUACGACGACCUUGUCCUCGCCGCCUCCGCCGACGGCGUCAGCGGGCAGCUGGCGAAGUUCCGGCAGGUGGAGAACAUAUUCGCCGCUGAGGCGAAGGUAGCAGGCGGGAAACACGCGGGGACGGCGGCGGCGUCGGCGGCCAUCGACACACCACCACUCCUGCAGCGCGGCACAUUGGCAUUCAAAAAGGAGGAGAAGGAGGCCGAUGAGAAGAAUGUGCGGAAGCGUACACGCGAGGAUGAUGAGGCACGGAGCAACAGCAAAAAGAAUAGCGACGGCAAGGGCGAAGUGGUCACGGGGUACAUGUCGACCUCCGAUGCGGCAAAGCUGCGAAAGGAGUUGGACACGCUGCAGAAGGCGCGGCACGACCCGCUGCGGCGCAUUGAGCGGUUUCAGAACCGCACAGUUGCUGCUGAAGCGAAGCGGCGUGCGCUCGAGACGACCUCAACGACCACCACUUGCGAAGGCGCGGAAAAGAACACCAUACGCAGUCGUAUUCAGGAGCUGCUGGAGAUGAAAAAGCGGAAAUGA